CGUUUCACGUUACGUUGUGAUAGGAUUGUGGAGUUUUAGCAUUAUCUCUGAGACAAUUUGCAUGGAGAACGUUGUAGUUUGCCUCUGUCUAGUGAAGUAAUUAUGUUAAAGAAACGACAUUUCAAAAAAUUCGAAUCUUGUAUCACGCGAAAAGCAUUUUGUUUGGGAACUGCAACUUUGACAUGUGUUUCAAUUUUAGUGAUCGAAAACAAGAAAUAAGAUUAAAAUUGAACUAAUUAAUGUAAUUAAUAAGAUGGCUACAUACGAUAAUAAGAUUUGGUUGUUAAAAAACAUACGAGAUGCAUUCAUUGCGACUGACGACACCGGUUUAUGUGAGAUCGUUAUGGCUGGAGAGGAUUUUUCGAAAGUGUUUCAAAAUAAAGCUAUUGAAGAGAAAAAGAGGAUCAGAGAGAUGAGGUUGACUCAGCCUGGACCUAGCAAAGGUAAAGAUGGAAUGGGGGACAUAUCUGAAGAGGAGGUUGGAAGGGAGAUUGUGACACAGUUUGAUCCUUACCCUGAUAUGGAUGAUAGCGAGGAUGAUGACCCGUUGUGUGGCAGCUACGUGCGCUACGAAGAGUUUGGAGGACACAGGCCAAGAUCCAACACCGCUCAAUGGCUAGACAAGAAGGAGCAGGCAUUAAAAAAGGCAGCUAAAAUAAAAGUUAUAAAAUGGGAAGAUUCAACACCACUCACAACAGACCAAUUAGCUGAGGCAUUUGCUAAAUUUGAAGUAAAAAGACCAGAGAAAAAGAAAUCUUUGUUGGCUGAACAGCUUCAGAAUUGCCCCAACUUACCUCACCGUCAAUAUUUGGAGUAUGCAAAGUUUGAUGGGACAGCACAACUGGGGCUCCCUACAAAGUCAUUCAAGAUCUUCAUGACAAUGCUUCCAGAGAAGUAUCAGAAUUAUCCCCUAGUUGUGUGUGUCAUAGCCAGUGCUAAGAUCAAGGAUUUAAUUGGUUUCACAUGCUAUAAAUACAGCAUCGAACAUCCAGACAUAACACUUGGUUCUGUGCAUGAUUACGGACUUUGUAUAGCAGAGGAUGAUGGAGAGGUUGACUGGGCAUUCCCCUGCCUUGAUGCUAAUGAGCCCUGCUCUAAAUUCGGGUUCACAUGCCUAGGGCUUGUAGAAUUGAAAAGUAAAAACGCCAUGACCCUACCUCCUUCAUCAAUACCAGAGGAUGGUAUGAGUGGAGCCUUCCAUGUGUUCUCAAAAGUUACGGAUUCGGGUCAGAGUCAUCAGAAUCCAUCCAGGCACAAUACAGGAGGCAGUUCUACAUCAGAAGCUGUUCUUAUUGCUUUGAAAGCUUUAAAUGAAGGUGGUGCAGACACAGACUUAGGCAAGAUGCAGUCACAUAUAAUGGCUACCGAGGCGCCGCAGUACAAGGCAUACAAAGUUCAGUUAUUACGGAAAGUGAGGACAAACACGUCAGUUCAACUCGGCAUCUCGCUCGACAGGAUAGAAGUGGAGCCACUAGUCACACAUAAACACGCGUUUUGGUCGAGAUCGAAGUACUUCCUACACAGCAUAGACUCGGUCGCUUGGUGCCAGAUUCUGGAGACACGGGGCAAUAGGACCACCUUCAGGAUAGUCUACUCUCCUAGUCACAAUGUUACUUACGCCGAUAGGAGUAAUACAGGUAACUCCACAAUAUUCCAGCCAAACACAACAUACAAGCUCCACGACUUCGAAUGCGAACACGACACAGCUAAAGAAAUCGUAGAGAAGGUAAACACAAUACUAGACCUUAGGAACAGUCCGUGCCGCCGCGAAUACAAGACUGCCAAAGAAAAGAAACUACAGACUAGACGAAGUUUUCACACGAAACACAUGAGUUGAGUCUCGUAGAUACUCUUGUACAGUGUAAUAUACUCCAGUUAAAGUUCCUUUAGUACAUAAAACACAAGUGAAACUGUAUACAUUAGUUUGUCUCGAAGGUCUAAAGUGCUAGGUAAACCGUAGCGUCCCUUAUAGAGGCCAUCGUCAACCGCAUCUAGUAUUUAAAAAGCUGGAAUUGAGAAAAAGUUUUGUUAGAACAUAUCUCAACUGUUUGGAAUUAUUUAGGUUUAAUGAACCAGGAAAAUUAUGUUAUAAUCUAGUCCUUUCCUGCCCUGAAUAAUUUCAAAUGACAUAUUUAUCCUCAAUGUUAUAAUGAGUGUGUUCUCAGUGGAAAUCGGCGUUGUUUCAAGAGAAUGUGUAAUUACUGGUAUAGUGUAUGCUUGAAUGGCUUAUUGAAUGCAAGGCAUCGAUUGAUAGAGGCUUCCAGCCACCAUUAUUGAGGUGAUUCUAAAUGGGCUGUUUUUGUGGUAGUAGAAUGGUUGCAAGAGUAGGUAGCCACAUCAAUAAAUGCAAGAUUACAGGGUGUAGUAAUGGUAAUUUACAUAAGAAUCUUGUACAUCUGUGGCAUGAGCAAAUUGUUGAUUGUUGGACCAUAGACUGGACUAAACAAAUUAUUAUGGUAUUAUCUGGCUGGCCAGUACUAAAUUAUCAUUUAUUUGAAAGUAUCAGUUGGUUAAUAUGCCUCUAACAUGAAUGAGAUGCUAAUGGCUGAAUCCUAUUUCUUGAUAACCAGGCUUAACCUACAUCAAAUACAAUAUCAACCACAUUGGAGUUGAAAUAUAGCCCAUUUAGAAGAACCUUUCAAAUUAAAAUUUAAAGAGAAUAAAAUUACAACUAUAUGAAUUGAUUCAUACUGUAGUGUUGAAAUGCAAGGUGAAUUAAGUAAAAAAGCACAUAAAAACUGUAAUAAAACGAUAUUUUAAAAUGAAUAUAAGUGAAUGUAAUGGAAGCUACAGUAUGAAUUGACGCAAAAUUAACAUUUUAGUAAUUUUGUAUCUAGAAACUAAGACAUUUGUAACAUCUUGAAUGUGAUGUGUAUUCAGUGUAAAUGAAUAUUGAGUUAUUAUUUUUAUCGUUUAAGUUGUAAUAACUUAUUUUCGUCCAUAUUUAAGUUACGUUAGAAUUUAUUGAAAUGGUUUAUGUCGUACAGAAACCCUGUGGGAUUCAUACAAAUAUAUUUCAAUGCAAUAUUAUGUUGAAUGUCUCACAUAGUUUUGACUGUGAUGUCUAUAUUAUUUUAAGUAAUCUUUAACGAAACUUGUAAGUUCAGUUUUUAUUGAUUUAUGUAGUGUAAUAGAUUUUAUAAUUCAACUGAACUUCAAUAUAAAAUGCCAAUUAUUAAUAAAAUGAUGAUAUUUUUCAAUGAAAUGCAAUAAUCCAGUUUACUGUACUGUCGCUCAUAUGAACAAUACUUCACUGCCCGAUUCAGCUCAAUUUUUAUCAGAAGUGAUCCAUUGUGUGCCUUACUACUUAAUAAUAAAUAAAAUAUGUAUUUGUGUAUGUUCAGAUUGAAAGAUGUAUGAUUCAAAGUAUGGAAAAUGAAUAUUUUAGCCUAUUUUAACCAGUUAAUGUAUAAGACAUAUAUACUACUUAAUUUUUCUCUUAACAUUUUGUAUACAAUGGAUUGCUUCGUAAAUUCAAAUGUACAAUAUUAAUUCUAGUAUUCUAUAAUGAAAUAAUUUAUGUUGUGAUUCUCUAUGUUGAUUUCUUUAUGAAUCGAAUUUAUAUGUAUCAUGUAUGAUGAAUGAAAUGUAAAGUUAUAAUGAAAUAAAAUUGUUAUUCAUUACAUAA